CCUUCCCAGCCGCUGUCAUUACCUAGAUAAGGUACUAUACCUGCCUCGAUUCCUAGACGUAUCAGCUUAGAGCAGAGGGCUAGGGUCACCUCCUUCGCAGCUCCCACCCUCACCUACGUUGAUCAUAUGGAUUCGCUUCCAGAGUGCAGCAUCGAUUUCUUGGUAGACUCUUCCUCAUCUACCAGCACGAUCAUCACUCUUGAAUUCUCCCAUCUCAUAUAUGCCAGACUUUAUGAGCGCUUCUUGCGAAGAGCCAAACGUCCCUUCGAGUACACUACGGCCACUCGGAGCAAGAAAAUCUUUAUUACGCUCCCAACAACGACGGAGCCGCUUCCCACGUUGAUCAGAGAAGAUGGAACCUGUAUCUUCAACAAUGAUAGUGACGCUAAAAAGUGGGAAGAGUCGACUGGGCUCUGGCGGACGGACUCCCUUGCCAAAAUCCGAAGAUACUGCAUACUACUAGACUGGAUCACACCGGUAUCCUUCUCGGAGAUGAUGGGGUUUAGUUCCAGGGAAAUGAUGGAGGAAGCGGAAGGGUUAAGUGAGUCCGCCUGAGAUAAUCUGAUGACUCCUGCCUAACGAGAUUAAUAGCAACAAUCGGAGCAAAUAGAGGCAGUGCGAAUAGGAACGCCUAGCAACCUACCUACACAGAUUCCCUCGAAGAUCCUACCUACAUUAUG